CCGCCCCCUUCCCGGGGAUUGGCUGCCUACUUUCUAGCCCCGGCCUCUGGCUGGGUCUCUGGUGUUCGCGGGCUUUUGUGUCUCACGGAGUGCGGCGGGCGCGGCCGCAGUGGCGGCUGCUUUGCGGCGGGUUCGGGGCCCGGCCCCCGCCUGCGAAUGCGGGAGCCCGACCCGGGGCCUGCGGAGUCGGUCUCCGACGUGUGCGGGGCUGCAGCGGCCUGACUUACAGGCUCAGGUAUGUCCCCGUCCUGGGGGGAAAAGCGAGGCGCUCGGCCCGGAGCACGUGGCCAAUGGCGACCGGGGGUUCCCACGUGCUUGGUUCCAAGGCCCCCCAAUUGGCCGCCCCUCCGGAUAGAGAGCAUGUAAGUUCCCCGCUCCCCCACGCCCCUCAGGACAACUGCUUCCGGUGGGUUUUCCGACUUGGCCCUGGAAACCGCUGAGGUGCAGGGGGUGUUGUCGGGAGAGGAGAGCAGGGGUCGUGGAGAAGCCUGUAAAACCCCAGACCGCCCUUUCCUGUGCCCUUUUAAGGUUGACGCAGUGCCUUAAGAGGCUAACACAGAAGGGUAAAGUAAGUCUCCAUAAAACCCAGGGAUGAGACUAAAACUCCUCUCUGGAUCCUGUCUGGAGUCACAGCGGAACCAGAGGAAAUUUUUCUUUCGGUUCAAGCACCCUUGUGAUACUUUAACACAUCUCAGAGCACAAAUGGUGGAUUCAAACUUAACCUUGACAUUGAUGGUACAUUCAGUUCAAGUGUUGGUAUUUGUCACUGAAGAAGGAACAACCUGUGAGAGUGAGACUGUAAAUUGAGACCAUCUGAAGACACUGGCUCACAAAGGUCAUAAAGCCUCUGGAGCCACACCUCACUGGGUAGAAACAACAGGUCCAGAAUACUUGAAAUUGACCCAUUUUUGGUCACCCCAUGUAGAAAAUGAAUUUAAAAUUUUGUAUGUCUUGUCUAUUGUUCGAUGUGAGCACCGUUACAUUUUUCUAGACUUAGUUUGCUAUACCCUAAGAUUAUGAAAAUACUUACCAGCAUUUUCUCGCUUCUGUAAUCUUGCUUGCUUAACACAUUCCUCCUCUUCCCCCUUCCCCCUUCCCCCUUUUUCUCCCACCACAAGUAACGGACAAAGCCUUCCCGCCAAAGGACAGACAAAGGACGCCCAAUCAGAGAACAACAAAUGUCCUUACUUUAAAAUCAACUAAUCAGGCCCCCCAUAAUCUGAAACCUCCCCUAUGCUAUUUGUCUCUGUCUAUAAAAACGCUGUACCAACCCCGAUCGGGGCCUCUUAGCGUCACUGGCAACGAGUGCGCGGAGGUCCAGGUUCGAACCUGCAAUAAACGACCCUUGCCGCUUGGCUUUGACUUACGACUCUGGUGGUCUCUUGUGGGGGGUUUCACGACCUCGGGCGUUACACCCAGGGCUGCUUCCAUUCCUUGUUUGGGUGAGCAUUAUGGGCCCUUGAGCGAACAGUACUUAGACAGUUAUGUAGAGAGAAGUAUUGGAGCAUAUCACCAACAGGUGAAAAACACAUGAUCUUCACUUACUAAAGAGCCUUGCCAUACCUUUCUACCAGGGGUUGGAGCAUCCAUCAAAGUUUUUAGAAGAAAACAUGCAUUAUGACCUCACUGGGAAGAGGCCUUAGAAGGACUGCUAACACUGCCCUCGAAAUAAAAAUCUUCCUGGAUUCACAUGAGACACACCAAGCUAGAUCCAGAUCAACACCUACAUGAUAGUGAGAAGGCCAUCCAUACGAGUGACCUCAAGUUGAGGAUUCCCAGGUUCCAGAAGCAGAUGACACCAUGAAGUAGGCAGCUUUGUCCAAGAUCUUGGAUCAAGAACGUUGUCUUCAUUUAUCUUCCCUUGAAGCCUCUCUCCCGGACUUGGGAAGCUCUCUGACCUAGAAAUUAAAAACAAAAACAAACCUCUUUUAUUUAUAGAAAGAUUGGGUGGAGGUUGCUUGUCUUAAUCUUGUCUCCCUUUGUCCCUCCACUAUGGGCUCCCUUUCAAACUGUGUCUUGCUUCAGCUAACCGUUACUGCUUUUUCAACAAUUCAAGCACAAUCCCGGUACCCACUCCCACCCCUCUUCCAAACCCUGGCCACCUUAGCUAAUUUAUCUGACUGCUGGUUAUGUCAACACCUAGAUAACGCACAAGAACCUGAAUUAGUUUUUGUUCCUGCCCAUGCAAGCACCUGGUGGACCCAUUCUGGACAGUGGAUGCAUAAAAGGGAAUGGUAUCCACAAACAAGAGGACACAAUCACUCUACUUCCUCCUAUGGUAGAGUACUUUGGCAUUGGGAAACUUCUGCAGAAGCUCAAGGUCUGUCAUUAACUCAGGUGAGACUUUUGGAGGGAAAUUUUUCUGUUUGCAUUGAAAACAAAAAUGGCACUGGACCCUUCCUAGGUGACGUACCAAAACAAUACUGUAAUCAAACAAUAUGGUUUGAUUCCACAGAUGGCACCUUCAGACCUUCUAUAGAUGUUGCAAAUGAGUCCAAGACGGAUUAUUAUGAUGCAAAUGUUUGCCUAGUCACUGGACAAUAUUCCUGGUUUGCAGGCCACACGACUGGGACCUGGAACAGCUCACCUUUUCCCCUGGUCGGUCUGCCCAAUACCCAAGACUACAUAUGGGUGGACCAAAAUUCUGGAAUGACCUGGUUAGGUAAUGACACCUAUCUCUAUAGCUGCCAGAAUCAAACCAAAGGUCUUCUAUACCAGAUAUUUCGCAACUUGUUUUGUUCUUAUAGGCUGACAGAGGCACAUGGUAAAUGGAGAUGUGCAGAUGCCAACAUAACUAAUGACAAAGGUCAUGGUGGACACCCGAUGCCAGCCUGGUGGGUCACACGUUCCACUCUGACCUUGUCCGUGAACAACUCUGGUCUUUUUAUCUUAUGUGGUAAUAAAGUAUAUAAGGAGUUCCCACCUAACUGGUCAGGGCGAUGUGGACUCGGCUACCUAGCACCUUCCGUCAGCCAGUAUCCCGCUUUCAAUGGUAGCCAGAUUACAGGUGUGGGCUCCUUAAUACAUAAAGUAGCACCACACAGACGUACGCAACGAGACGUCAUAGACCCUCCACCCGUUUAUCACAACCCCAAUUCGUCAAGGGCCCUUUUUUCAAGAUUGGGAACUUCUGAUCUAGAAGAAGCAAUUCUAAACAUUUCCAAAGCCACCGAACAAGGAUUGGCUGCCACGGUGCAGACCUCGGAGGCGCGCCAGUCAAGAGUUAGCAGCUUACUCUCUGCACUCCAAAAUCACCAUCUGGAUCUAUCGGCUGCUCAACAAGGAAGAACGUGUACGAUCGUUGGCAACCAGUGCUGCCUCUAUGUAAACAAGUCAAAAGAAGUGAGGUUUCUUUUGAACAGUGUGAAGGAACGGAUCGACAGUCGACGUCGAAUGAGGGAAUUAGCCUUUAAUUGGACUGACCUCGUCUCAGGAGUGAGAGACUGGUUCAGUGGACAUUGGGGCCACAUGUUUGGAUUUGUUCUGCUCGGCUUCAUCAUUGUUCUCAUCUGUGUUGCCGUUCGCAGAUCUCUCACCUCCCGAGUUCCUGCCCAAGUGUCCUCUUCACAGCACUACACGGGGCUCCUUGCCUGUGGAACUUCAUGUGAGGUUUCAAACAAGGAAACCAGGGGACCAGCCCCACCAGAAGGGCAUAAAGACUCCUUUGCACUGACAGCAUCUGAACAAACAGCAGCUGCAGAAAGAGGCCUACUUCAGACUUCUCUUUGAUGAGUAAAGCAGGCCUUUCUGAGAAUUCAGCUGUCCUAACCCUCUCUCCAGGGAGCCUUUUGUAAGGGAGGAGCCUGACUUGGUAUCUGGGCAUCCGAAGAAUUGUGUAAAUAAGCCCUAACUGCACCUUCCAUACUUUCCACUGAAGCCUUAAUACCCACUCCCCAUCCCAUUAAGCUGGUAUAUAAAACCUUAUCCCUGGCUGUUCAGUGGCGGCCCUUUACAGGCUUCCACAUACAUAUAUGAUAAAUGUUGCUCCUAUCAAUCUGUUAAUUCGUAGGCCCUCAACCAUUUGAACCUGUGUGUUUAAUAACUGAAGACUUUCCCUUCAGGAGGAAGCUGUAAACCCUUUAAUAGCUGGGAGGAUUUGAUGUGCCCUCCUGGUUGCCCGUGUACAUUUAAUCUCCAGUCUAAAGGGGAGGUUUGUCUGGGGUGAAUGGUAGCCAUCUGAUUUCCCAUGGGCAGAGGCAGGGGAUAGGAUUGUAGAGACGGGGCAGCAUUUACUGUAUUGAACACGUCAUCUGCCCAGUCCUGUGGUGAGGUCCUUACAUUUUUCUAUAGAAUCCUCUCCAGUUUGUAGGUGAAUAAACUCCAAGGGUAGAUGACAUGUUAAAGAUUACAUUAUUCCUAAAAACAAGAGCAAGGUGCACAACAGGGUAUCUGGUGCACUGCCGUUCAUAAAGCAGAGGAAAUAAAGUAUACAUGUGUAUAUAUGUAGAUUUACUCAGUUUUGCAAAUAGACCACUCAGAAAGGAUAAGUCAGAAGCUAAUGAAGGUGACUACAUAUAAGAGGCGUGGGCAGUGAGAGUCUCACCCCCUUUUUUAAAAGUUGAAUAUAAACAAACUGAUGAACAUUUUAGCAAAUUGACAACUUUUUCAUAGAAAAUAAUUCUUACAAGUUAUGCAACAUAAACCCAGUAAUUCUGGGUACACCUUAGAAGUGGGUUUAUAGUUCAUAGUAGUGUUGUCAAAAGAUUGAAGAAACAGCCUAGUCCAGUGAGACAGAGCGUAAUAACAGUUCUUCCCUGUGUGUGUUAAGCAAAAUGUGGCUGAACUCUUGGCAUUGAAACUAGAGAAGCCACUGGAAGAUAAGCAUGCAGGGCUCAGCAUCCGGUGUGGUAUGUGGAUCAUAAGGCAGAUGACGGAUGCAGGGUGCUGUGUUAGAGUGGCACAAGUGUUAAGCCGUCAAGGGAAGAUAUGGGGAAAAGAAAUCUAGAUUCAUAGUAACCUCAAUUUUCUUCUGUAAAAUGGAAUUAAACAGUAAGGGUGGGUAGGGCCAGUACUGCUUACUUAGCUUUUUUGGCCAUAAAAAUGAGUCUGUUACUAAUUUCAUAAUAGAAGGUUGAUAGCCACUGGCCCUUGGAUUCAGUGUUCAUAGUCAGUGUUAAAGAAGUUUAAGACAAAACUAGAUUAUUUGUUUGCUUGUGUGCCUGCUGUCUGCUCCCUGCCAGAAUGUAAGCUUCACAAAGACAGGUGUAUUUGUGGAAUCACAGUGAAGAGGGCUGUGGUGAGAUGAAAGAAUGCGUGCAAAGCCCUCACAGUUGACCAUGGGCAUUGCUUAACUAAAUGUAAGAUUGAGUUCACCUGUAGCCAAUAUGAGUCUCUGGCAGAUUUGAACUUUUGCAUUGACUUUUGUCAGGUGUAAAUUUGAAAACUUUUGAAUAAAGUUGAUUAUAAAAGUUGGA